UGAAAGUCACUGUUGACUUAUUCCCUCUCUUACCGCGGAUGCGGAUGAGGGUGUGUACCAAAAGAUCCGACUGGGACACAAACGACAUGGAAGCCGAGUCAGCCAACCCAAUCUCACCUGAGCGUGAUCAAAACCAUGUUCAACCUACCCUACCGGUCGUUCAAGCUGCAGACGCCAUCAUGGAUGACUUUUCUCUAGCAGCAGCCCCCCCGGAAGUGCCAGAAAGUUAUGAGGUUCCCCCGACUUCCGGAUUUCCUUCACCAGGCCCCAGCAUUCCAGUGCUCUCUGGUAAUCCCAGCUCAACCGAUUGCGAGCUCGAUUCUCAGCUCAAUAAUAUCAUAAACGACCCAUUCGGUAUCGGAAGAUUAGCACAGCGUGGGCCCGAUUCAGCUAUACCAUCCAUCGAAGAUACACGCAGCUUGCGCAGCAGGAGACCUUGCUUGGGUUUCCAUGAUCAAGACUCGAGUGAAGAACCAGAUGAUCGGGAAGAGUUUGCCACUCCAUCUACCCACUCCGACGUGGAACAGCCCUUGAUGCCGAACGGGCGUGAGUACACAAUGCACGAUUCUGGCUUGGAUGAUCUUAUUGAACCAAUGCCACUGACGGUGAACAACGAACACGACGAUGGUACCAGUCUUUUCGUGACUGACGAUCAGCAUUUUCCGCGUGCCCCACAAAAAUCACCUCCUACCCAAUUGCAACUGCCAUAUCAAGAGUCAGUCUCGAUUUCUUCUCACCCAGUCAUCACAGAGACACCUCAGCCAGUCCCUUCUGUAUCUAUGAGUGCAAAUACUACACCUCCAAUUACAAUUAGCAAACUCGGACAACUGAAAGCCAGGAGAAAGAAAAUCCAGGCACGGAACAUGGUACCGGGCCAUCAGCCAACGUCUCAUUCCAACUUGUUCAAUCAGCCCCAUGUCAAUACGGUCAUCUCUGAAAUGGACGAAUACGACACGUACAACAAGAGGGCUGAGAACGACUUUCAACAGCGCAAGCGACACUACGACAGAAUCAGGGGCAAGAAUGGCAAGCUAAGCUUCACAGAAGAGGUCCAAUGGAUGAAGAUUGCACAAGACGAAGAGGCUCGCAAACGAAAGCUGCUGAAGGACGCGAAGAUGGCAGAAAGGGAAUCUGACGAUGUCAAUCUCUUCCCCGAUUUCAUGGAACAGGAUGAGUCCCGUACCCAAGGUAACCAUUCGGAAGAUAAUUUACCGGAUAUCGAGACUUCUGAUACACCCAAACGCAAACGGCCUGAGUUGCCACGGAAACAAGCCAAGGAAUUCUCACUCCAAGAAGCCGAGCUCCAGUCCAUGUACGUGGGACUCGAAGGACAAAGGGAAAAACCGGCGAAGAAAAAGCCACGCACGAGUGAUGGUGUUGGAGAGACUUCUAAUGGCUCCGGUGGUCCUCCGAAAGUCGCCAAACCGAGAAGCAAACGACCCAAAGGCACUACAAAAUCUGCGACUGGAACAUCCAAACCCCGCCAGACCAACAAGCAAAAGAAGGAGAAUGAACAUGCCACGAAGCAAGUUGCGUCUCUAUUCACGACCAAUGUUUUCCGACAACAAGCUCCCGAAGAUGCUCCUGCUGAGCCGACCUUUAACGCUUCCAACAAGCAGGAAGCGUUCAAACAAAUGCUUAGUAGUCUUACAGUUGGAGAAAAGAAGGACGCUAAAUCGGACAUUCAUGGAUUGAGAAAUGCUAUCAUGGAAUUCACCGGCCGUGGUAGCGUUAAGCCUGCUGAAGGCGGUAUGUGGCUGGUUAAGGGGAUGAAGACACCUCUGAAAGCAUACCAAAUCACGGGAACUGCUUUCAUGCGUCGUAGAGAAAAUGCACUAGAGGAACCCCGUGGAGGUCUUUUGGCAGAUCAAAUGGGUCUGGGGAAGACCUUGAUGAUGCUGGCGAAUAUUGUGAAUGGAAGCCCCGAUUCCGAAGCGGAACAUAAGACAACAUUGAUAGUAGCAGGGGCCGGUCUUCUCUCACAAUGGGCCGACGAGAUUGGUUUACACACGAAUUGCGGGCUCAGAGUAAUGAAGUACACUACAGGUUCGCGGAUUGACUCCAACCUCAUAAUGCAGAUACUAGGCGGUCAUGAUAUUAUUCUCACAUCGUAUACUGAGAUUAUGCAUUCGUACCCCAAGAAUGAGCCGCCUAUUGAAUGCCAGACCACGGAGGAGAAGAAUGAGUGGUGGAAAAAUACAUUCGAAACGAGGCGAGGGGCUCUCCACCGCAUGAUGUUCCAUCGAGUGGUUUUGGAUGAAGCGCAGGCUAUCAAAAACUGCAACAGUCGGACGUCGAUAGCGUGUCGUGCGCUCAUCGCCCACCACAAGUGGGCUUUGAGCGGGACCCCUAUCGUCAAUAACCUUACGGAGCUGUAUCCAUACUUCAGGUUCUUGAACGUACCGAACACUGGCUCUUUGAGGAUUUUCAAGCACAACUAUUGCGAUCCGGGCAAUACUGAAAAUAACGAACGCCUUCUCGUUCGCCUUGCACAAUUCAUGUUGAGGAGGACCCAUGAAGAUGAAUUUGGCGGUGCUCCAAUCUUGAAGCUGCCCAAAGCGGGGCAGAUGACACAAUGGUGUGAUUUCAAUCCGGUGGAGCGUAGUAUCUACACUGUCGUUCAGACCCGUUUCGCCACAAUCAUCAACAAUUGGUCACAGAAUAAACAGCUGGAUAAGGCGUACAGCAAUGUUUUAGUGAUGCUUCUGAGGCUUCGCCAGCUGACUAGCUCACCACUUAUGCUCCAGUUUGUCCUCCGAGACCUGGCUGAACGCGAGGACAUCGAGAAAAUCAGGAUCAUUGUGAACGAAGCUGCAUACAACCGAGAUACACGCGAAGGCCAGCUGAUUUUGGCUCUACGAAAGCAGCUGGCCGGCUGGAAAGAAGACGCCCAGGAGAGUUCCCUUCAAAAUCUGGAUAGGGACUCAGUCAGUAGCGAACAAGGCAGACACGAUGGCUACAACAGUACGUCCACAGCAUCAGCAUCAGCAAAAACUGGCAAAGCUUUCGGGAAAGAGUUCAACUUCACGCCAUACCUCAAUAGCUUAGCAAGCGGGGACAAUUGGGAUCGCCUGAAACAGGCUUCCAAGUGCAGUAUGUGUGAUAAACCACUUAAGCAAAAUAGUCCAACGUGGAUCACGAGUUGCAGCCACCUUUCAUGCCAGAAAUGCUACGAACAGACUGCUUUGAGAGAGGCAAUUAGCGGGCCUCAGAGCUGUAAAUCCUGCGGAGAAAUGAUUGAGAAUUUUACCCCGGUGUCGGCAGAAGAAGCAGCAAUCUACAAUGGCGGACCAGCAGAGAGGACGAGGUCGCGAAAGGACAAAGAGCGGAAGAAGAUCGAGGAACAAGACAUCAAGGACGAUUGGUUGAUGCUGGGAGGCGAGAGCGUACUGCCUUCAGCCAAGACCAUCGCAGUCAAGGCACAGAUCCUCAAUUGGAUCAAGGAGAACCCUGACGUGAAGAUCAUCAUCUAUACUCAGUUCUUGGCAAUGAUUAAGAUCCUGAGCAAGAUGUGUCAGGAAGAGGGGUGGGUGACUGAGCAAUAUCAUGGCAAGCUGAACUUCAAUGCUCGCAACAACGCCAUCAAGAGCUUCGCGAACAACCCACAGGCGAAAGUUCUUUUGGCGUCACUCAGGUGUGGAGGCUUAGGUCUUAAUCUCACCAUGGCCUCAAAAGUCAUGAUCCUCGACCCAUGGUGGAACUCAGCAGCUGAGCAGCAAGCCUUUUGCCGUGUGUACCGCUUUGGUCAGCGAGAGCAAACUUUCCUGACGCGGCUGUGCGUCAAGAACACGGUGGAUGAGCGUCUUAUUGCGAUGCAAGAGCGGAAACAGCGCGAGAUUGACGCGAUCAUGGAGGACAAAGGCAAGACCACCAGCAGUAUGAGCAUUCGCGACCUUAUGCGAUUGUUCGGCAAUCUGGACGAGGACGAGGCUGGAAACCCGUUUAUCGUGGUCGACAAUCCCGACCCACGUGGGGGGUUCAGGGCAGAUGACGAUCACGAGGGCUAUGUGAACGACGACUGA